CCAUGACGCUGGAGGAUUUCGAGAAAUCAUUAGCGGAGGAGCAGGAACGGAGACACGAGAAGAGCGACAAGCACAGGCACCGCCAUCGGGAACAUCGCGACCGCAGCGGAGAGCGCUCGAGGCACCACCGUCGUCACCGCUCGAGGGAGCGCGAUCACGACAGGCACCGCGAGUCGCGACGCAGUGAGGAUAAUGAACACCGCCAUAAACGAUCUCGUCGCUCAUCUGACCACCGGGAGGACCGCGAUCAUGCCCACAAGCGUCGACACCGCGACAGCAAAGAGGAAGUGAAGGACGCGCCCGGUCCGGUGGAGGAAGCCAUACAGGAAGAGCCCACGCGUCUGAAGAGAGACGCCUGGAUGGAGGGGCCAUCUGGACUUGACAUCGACUAUGUUCAGCGACGCAAUACAACACGCUUGGAAGAAGAGCCGAAGCCGAAAAUGCUUCAGGCGGAUUUCGACCUGAAGAUCCACGGCAAAGAGCUCAACUCCCACCUACGCGACUUGAAGGAAGGUAAAGUGCUGGAGGAAGUUGAGGAGGAGUCUGCUCAACAUGAGGUUGACUACACAAUUGGCGAUGCUGGCUCUCAGUGGAGGAUGACCAAGCUGAGGGCUGUCUACCGAGAGGCAGAGGAAAGCGGAAAGUCGGUCGAAGAGGUUGCCAUGAACCGUUUCGGGGAUAUCCGCUCAUUUGACGAUGCACGCGAAGAAGAAUCAGAAUUGGAUAGACGUGAACGAUACGGUGAAGGCUACGUGGGCAAGGAGAAGCCCACGGGAGAGCUUUUCCAGGAGAGGAAACUGAAGGAAAACGUCCACCGCGAUUCGCAUGAACAUGUCCGCAGUCCGGGCAAGGAGCUCGAAGCUGAAGGGCAGGGAAAACCGAUGGAGACUGUGCCCCCUCAGAAUACCACUCAGCAUCUCGAUCUAACAGCUCUCAACCGGCUGAAGGCCCAGAUGAUGAAAGCCAAGCUCAAGCGUGCGCCGGAUGCGGCUGAUCUCGAGGAGCGCUACAAUGCGGCGGCAGCCGCGAUGGCCAACCGGAAAGAAUCAGAUGUCGUGGUGCUUGGUGUCAUGGACAACCGGAUGCUGGCUGGAAACAGGAACGAGGUGAAGGCAGUCGAGAACAGGCGGGGCCGUGAGCGUGGAAAGGUAGAGGAGAAUGAUGAGAUGACCAUCGAGGACAUGGUCCAGGAAGAACGCCGAACUCGGGGACAAUAUGGAGGCGACGGACGACGAAUGGCGGAGAGAAUCGCCAAGGAUGCCAAAUUUGAGAACGACCUGGAAUAUAUGGAUGACAAUGCAUCCAAGCUGGCGCGGCGGGUACAUCGGUCAGAGAUCGACAUCAAGAAUGUCACCAUCAACGAGUUGCAGAAGAUGAACCGGAUUCUCGAUAACUGCCCCCUUUGCCACCAGGAAGAUACGAACACCCCCCCGAUUGCCCCCGUGGUGUCGCUGGCGACUCGGGUCUACCUUAGUCUCCCCACAGAGCCCGAGUUGAACGAAGGGUGCUGUACCAUCGUUCCCAUCCAGCACCGCACAAACCUGCUGGAGUGUGAUGAUGAUGAAUGGGAGGAGAUCCGGAACUUUAUGAAGAGUCUGACGCGGAUGUACCACGAUCAGGGCCGCGAUGUCAUCUUCUACGAGAACGCGGCCCAGCCUCACCGGAAGAGGCAUGCGGCGAUGGAAGUGGUCCCGCUGCCCUACAGUCUUGGGGAGACAUCCCCGGCCUUCUUCAAGGAGGCGAUUCUCUCCUCGGACGCUGAAUGGUCGCAGCACCGGAAGUUGAUUGAUUCGCUUGCGAAGGCCAAGCAGGGCAUGGGACGCAGCGCCUUCCGACGCUUGAUCGCCAAGGAGAUGCCCUACUUCCAUGUGUGGUUCGAACUCGACGGAGGCCUUGGGCAUGUGGUUGAGGAUGAGAACCGGUGGCCGCGGGGCGAUCUCUUUGCUCGGGAGGUCAUUGGGGGAAUGUUGGAUCUGGCUCCGGAUGUGAUCAAGCGGCAGGGACGCUGGCAACGGGGUGGUGAUCGGCGUGUUCCUGGGUUCCAGAAGCGAUGGAGGAAGUUUGACUGGACGCGGGUUCUUGUUGAGGGAUGAUGGAGUUCUCCGUACAGGCUUCUAGUAGUAUUGUAAUUUGCAGGUAUGGCACAUAAAUCAGAUGAUG